AUGGUGCCGGAGAAGAAGGAUGGCUCGAACAAUCAGGCCGCGUCGGAGACAAGCAUACCGGAGCCGCCUUCCAUUCAUCCCUCUUUCAUCCAAGUAGCCAAGCCGUAUAUCUUCGAGCAGACCAUUCAACAAUGUAUUGCGGCCAUGGGCGUCAAUCCCCUACGCGAGGAGGGACUGCGCCUGCAAGGAGUGACGUGGAUCGAUAAUGUUCGCCGAGUGUUAUAUUUACCUAUCCGUACCUUCAAUACGGCUGUGGUGUAUUAUCACAAGUUUCGACUCGUUCAUCCUGACAGCGAGUAUAAUUAUAUGGAUGCUGCUGCGGCUGCAUUGUUUACAGCUUGCAAGAUCGAGGACACAUUGAAAAAGUCCCGGGAGAUUGUAUGUGCAGCAUACAAUCUCAAAUUACCACCUUCAGAACAUAUAUCUCCCGACAAUCCGGUCUUUGAAGUACAUGCCAGAGGUAUCAUCGGAUUGGAGAGGCUCAUGCUUGAGGCAUCAGGCUUUGAUUUUCGGACGCGUCACCCGCAGAAAACCCUGAUCAAGCUUGCCAGGCAUUAUGGCCUGACGUCGCAGUCGCAGGUGUCUAAUGUGGCAUAUCGCAUUUCACUGGACCUCUAUCGUACUUUUGCCCCAAUCAAGCAGACUGCCUCAACUAUGGCUUUUACCUGUCUAGAAUUGGCAGGUCGUCUGCUGGACCAGCGCAUUGAGGCGGUCGAAAUGGGCGUAGACUAUGAGAAGUGGAAAACCAGCCGUGAAGAAGUAAUGGAAACCCUCUUUGACCUACUGGAGCUGUAUACCCACAGUCGCGGCUCCACCUCAGUCGGCCCUCAUUUCCCAGCCGAUCGAUUCCUCACGGUCCGUAUUCCAUUGAACAAAGAGGCAGAAACCCAAGGACUCCCUCGUUACACACACUGGGUUAAUGAGUCGGGAGACCCCAAAGCUACCAAUGGCGCAAACAGCGGCAAGGAGUCUGCCCUGGAGAAAGCAGGCACCAGGCUGCAUCCGCUUACACCUGUCGCUGCCAAUGGGGAAAGACCCAGAGCUGGCGAGAAAGGCCGGGAUGGAGCCGUGCGCUUUAUGCUCGACACAGAGUGUGCGGAUGCAGAGAAGGCGCGUGUCUCCGAGUAUUUCAAGAUCGAAAUGGAAGAGUACGAAGUGGAAGAAUGA